AUGACGACUCUGCGCUUUGUUCGAUCAGUUUGGGAGUCCUUUCGGGCUUCCUCGGGUCUAAAGCCUCGACUCUUGGACAGUCUCCGUGUCACUGCCGCUCGGCCAGGAACUGUCAACUUCGAGCUGGAGAUUCUCAAGCAGCACACUAACCGCUUGAACAUUCUUCAUGGAGGCACCAUUGCAAGCAUGGUGGACCUUGGUGGCUCCCUCGCAGUAGCAUCCCGUGGUUUGUUCGCAACUGGCGUAUCAACCGAUCUCAAUGUCACAUACUUGAACUCUGGUGGCAAGGUUGGCGACAAGAUCCUGGCUGAGGUGACCUGCGACAAGUUCGGAAAAACACUCGCAUUUACCAACAUCAAGUUCACUAACGCCCAGGGCGAAGUUGUUGCACGAGGCAGCCACACCAAGUACGUCACUCUGGCAUGGAGAGACCCUCAGAACAUUGUUGAGGAGAUCAACAAAAUCAAAUAG